AUGUUCCGAGGCGGCGUCGUGGGCGAGCUGGAUGCACGCCGCGACGCUGCGCUUGCGCGCGUUUUGGUACGCUUACAAGCGCGUGCGCGGGGCUUGCUGGCGCGACGUCGCGCUCAGCGCCUCCGCACGCAGCACACCGCCGCGCGUUGCGUACAACGCAACGUGCGCGCCUUCCUCGCUGUACGGGACUGGCCGUGGUGGAGACUGUUGGUCAGAGUCACUCCACUCUUGGCUGUCCAUCGCACGGAGCAUCGACUCAAACAGGCACAGGACGAGCUGGAGACCCUAAGGGGCAAGUUGGACAAAGUGGAAAGUGAACGAACACAUUACAAGAAUGAAACGGAACGGCUUGAAUCUAAGGUAAGGAUUAUAUUUGUUGCUAAGGGUGAUAUAAAGCCAUAUGAAAAGCCCCGCGAUUUUUUGAUACAUUUUUGA